GCGCAGUGACAACGGCUCCGAUACAGUCUCCUCGGCGUCAUGGCGUUCAAUAAGUUUUACUACUGCUUAUUCAUUACGUUGUUCGCAUCAGUAAUAGUUUUGGCUGAAGAUGCUAGCACGCAACUAAGCGAUAGCAGCAGCUCUUCAAAUAGUUCUGAAACAAAAUCUGAAGCACCAACGUCCGGCAAAUCCGAUGAUGUCGGUAUUUUUAAACUUCCUAAAUUUGAACCUUCCAGUUUACCACUUGCCCGUCAAAAGAGAUAUGCUGUGCAUCAUCAAAAAGAAGCUCGACAACAACAGCAAUCCCAUCAACAGGGAAAUCGUAAACAACAAGUAGCUCAGCAUCAUGAGUCUCGGCAAAAACUUGCAUCAUCUCAACGCAAGGCUACUGGAAAACAACGUUUAUCUCACCAAGAAGCACGUCAACAACAUGGGUCUCAACGCCAGGGAUCUGGUCAACAACGUGGAACCCAGCACCAGAAAGCUCGCCAACAACACAAAUCUAAACACCAAGCUCGUAAACAAGGAUCUCAACGUCAUGAAGUUCGAAAACAACAAGGAUCUCAACAUCAUGAAGUUCGGAAACAACACGGAUCCCAACAUCAAGUUCGAAAACAAAACAGAAAAAAAGACGAUAAAACUUUCUUUUACAUGCCUUAUUACGCAUACCCAUAUUAUGGCGGUGGUCAGCUCUCUGGUCAAGGCGGAAAUCGUUGGAAUAGAUGUAGCUAUGGAAAUCGCCGAGGAGGUAGAUGCCGCAGUUGCCAUGAAACUGUGACAUGUGUUGGCAACAGAGCAGUUGCUAGAAGAUGCAGUGGCGUGCUCCGUUACUGUAAUAAUGGACGCUGUUCUAUGACACCUGGAGCUAAAUGUCGCCGACGCACAAGGAGUACAACACGUUCUAGAACAUCUACGACGACGCCCACGUCUACUACUACUAGUACAACAGACAGCACAACUACUACUUCUUCUAGUGGAAAUAGUAGUACCACGACAACAUCAAGUGAUACAACGAGUACUUCUGACGACUCAACCACUACUACUGAAAGUUCAACAUCUACUUCUGACAGUACAACGACUACUACUAGCGAUUCAACUACUACUACUACUGAUAGUUCAACAACUACUACUAGCGAUUCAACUACUACUACUGAUAGUUCAACAACUACUACUAGCGAUUCAACCACUACCAAUGACGAUUCAACAUCUACUACUGACAGCACUACAACAACUAGUGGAAGUUCGACCACUACAUCUGACGGUUCAUCAACUACCACAAGCUCUGCAACCGAUAGCACCACCUCGACUACUGGUAGUACAACUUCAACAACCAGUAGUACGACAUCAACUACUGAUAGCACUACUUCUACCACUGGUAGUACCACUUCAACAACUGAUAGUACAACUUCAACAACCGGUAGUACAACUUCAACCUCUGGAAGUACAACAUCGACAAGUGAUAGUACUACUUCGACGACUGGUAGUACAACUUCAACAACCGAUAGUACAACUUCAACAACCGCUAGUACAACUUCAACAGCUGGUAGUACAACUUCAACAACCGAUAGUACGACUUCAACAACCGAUAGUACCACUUCUACUACAGAUAGUACAACUUCUACAACUGACAGUACAACUUCAACGACUGAUAGUACCACCUCUACUACAGACAGUACAACAUCAACUACAGACAGUACGACAUCCACAACUGACAGUACAACUUCAACUACUGACAGUACAACUUCAACUACUGAUAGUACGACAUCCACAACUGACAGUACAACUUCAACUACUGACAGUACAACUUCAACAACUGACAGUACUACUUCUACAACGUCUAGCACCAGCACUACUACUGCAUCGAAGCCGGACAGCAACAGGCAUCUCAUCAAGGAGCACGGCAACAAAACGAAUCUCGGCACCAAAAAUCUCGACAAAAGCAAAAAUCUCAACCCCAAAGAUCUGGCCAGCAACACAGAUCUCAAACCCAAGGUGCUCGUCAAAAUCAAAAACCUCAACGCCAGGGAUCUGGUCAACAACCCGGAUCUCAACACCAAAAAUCUCACCAACACCAAAAAUCUCACCAACAACAAAAAUCUCAGCACCAUAACGCUGGUAAACAACACGGAUCUCAACAACAUGAUGUUCGAAGACAGCACGGAUCUCAACAUCAUGAAGUUCGGAAACAGCACGGAUCUCAACAUCAUGAAGUUCGGAAACAGCACGGAUCUCAACAUCAUGAAGUUCGAAAACAGCAUGGAUCCCAUCAUCAAGUACAACCACAAAAAGGAAAGAAACCCGAAAAAACUUUCUUUUACAGACCUUAUUAUGGAUAUUAUCCCUAUUACGGCGGUGGCCAGGCCUCAGGUCAACAGGGAGGAUAUAGUGGCAUUCGUCGAAAUAGAUGCAGCUAUGGGAAUCGGAAUGGUUGCUAGAAGAUGCAGUGGCGUGCUCCGUUACUGCAACAAUGGACGCUGUUCUAUGACACCUGGAGCUAAAUGCCGCCGACGUACAAGAAGUACAACGCGUUCCAGAACUACGACAACAACGCCUACUUCUACAAGUACCAGUACCUCAAAUAGUUCUGAUGAUACAACGACUUCUACUGAGAGUUCAACAACUACGACUGACAGUUCAACGUCUACUGUCGGUGAUUCGACCACUACUACAUCCGGCGGCUCAACAACGACUACAACAACUUCCACUACUACAUCGAGCAGUUCAACAAGUACAUCUGCAGCAUCCCCAAGUUCAACUUCAACUACAACGACAAGUACAUCCACUACAUCUCCAACUUCUACUACAACUACAAGCUCUUCAACUGAUAGUACCACUUCAACAAGUGGUACUACAACUUCGACCACUGGUAGUACAACUUCGACAACUAGUGGUACAACUUCGACAACUGAUAGUACAACAUCAACUACUGGGAGUACAACUUCCACAACCGGGAGUACAACUUCAACAACUGAUAGUACAACUUCAACAACCGGGAGUACAACUUCGACAACCGGCAGUACAACUUCAACAACUGGCAGUACAACCUCAACAACCGGCAGUACAACUUCAACAACUGAUAGUACAACUUCAACAACCGAUGGUACAACUACGACAACUGAUAGCACAACUUCGACAACUGAUAGCACCACUUCGACAACUGGUGGCACAACUUCAACAACAGCCAGUACAACAUCAACUACUGAUAGUACAACAUCAACUACUGGUAGUACAACAUCAACAACUGACAGUACAACAUCAACUACUGACAGUACAACUUCCACUACUGAUAGUACAACGUCGACUACUGAUAGUACAACGUCGACUACUGAUAGUACAACGUCAACUACGGAUAGUACAACGUCAGCUACUGACAGUACAACUUCCACAACUGACAGUACAACAUCAACUACCGAUAGUACAACAUCCACAACUGACAGUACAACUUCCACAACUGACAGUACAACAUCAACUACCGAUAGUACAACAUCCACAACUGACAGUACAACAUCAACUACCGACGGCACAACUUCAACUACUGAUAGUACAACAUCGACUACUGAUAGUACAACAUCAACUACUGACGACACAACUUCAACUACUGAUAGUACAACAACAACUACUGAUAGUACAACUUCCACGACGGCCAGUACAACAUCAACUACCGAAAGUACAACUUCAACGACUGACAGUACAACUUCAACUACCGACAGCACAACUUCAGCUACUGAUAGUACAACAUCGACUACCGACAGUACAACUUCCACGACUGAUAGUACAACAUCAACUACCGAAAGUACAACUUCAACGACUGAUAGUACAACUUCAACUACCGACAGCACUACUUCAACUACUGAUAGUACAACAUCGACGACCGACAGUACAACUUCCACGACUGAUAGUACAACAUCAACUACUGAAAGUACAACAUCAACUACCGACAGCACAACUUCAACAACUGAUAGUACAACAUCGACUACCGACAGUACAACUUCCACGACUGAUAGUACAACUUCAACUACCGACAGCACAACUUCAACUACUGAUAGUACAACAUCGACUACUGAUAGUACAACUUCCACGACUGACAGUACAACAUCAACUACCGACAGUACAACUUCCACGACUGACAGUACCACUUCUAGCACCAGCACUACUACUGCAUCGGGUUAAGAUU